AUGUUAAGUCCAAAAUCAAUUUCACAAAUUCAUAAUCAACAAACUUUUAUAAAGAAUAGUGGUGCCAAUAAUAAUAAUUCUAAUUCCCACUCAAAAAAUUCAGAAUUUAAACAAUUAAAUUAUUCUUUUCAAUUAUAUAAAUCAGAAUGUAAAAUUCAUCAACAAACUAUUCAUGAAUAUGAAAAUGAAAUUUAUAAUAAUUUAAUAAAUUCAAUGAAUGUUAAUAAACCAAAUUUACAAUUAUAUAAACAACAACCAUAUUUAACAUUUAAUAUAAGAUUAAAAUUAAUUGAUUUUUUAUUAAAAAUGUCACAAAGAUUAAAAAUUUUACCAUUUGUAUAUUUUAAAUCAAUAAAAUUAUUUGAUAAAUAUUGUUCCAAAAGGAUUGUAUUAUUAGAUCAACUGCAGCUAAUUAUUACUACUUGUUUAUGGAUUGUUUCUAAAUUAAUUGGUGGAAAUAAUCAUUUUAUAAAUUUAAAUAACAUUGGUGGUGGUAAUAAGAAUUAUAAAAUUAUAAAUGAUUUAGGUUAUGGAUCAGGUGGUAAAUUUUUAGGACCAACUGAAAGAUUUAGAUUACCAAAAUUAUUUGAAUUAAUAAAAUUAUGUGGUAAUAAAUGUAAUUAUGAUAUAAAUAUGUUUAAACAAAUGGAAUUACAUAUUUUAAAUACUUUAGAAUGGAAUUUAAAUGAUCCAAGUAUAGAAGAAUUUUUAAUAAAUAGUGAAGAAUUUAAUAUCUUGGGAUAUAAUUUUUCUGAUGUUAAUGAUAUUGAAAUGAAACAAAAUAAUAUUUUUAAAAUUAAAGAAUAUUUAAGUUAUGUUAGUUUAUAUUCAAAUGAAUUAAUUGAUGUUAAUAUUAUUGAAUUAAGUCAAGUUAUAAUGGAUUUAAUUAAUGAAAUUCAUUUACCAAGUUUAAAUCAUAAUACCACCAAUUCAUGUAACAACAAGUUGAAUAUAAAAAUGGAUUUUCAAAAUUAUAAAUUUAUUAAAAAAAAUUUAAUAAAAUCAAUUUUAAAAAGUUCUGAUUUUAUUUUAAAAUAUUUUGAUUCUUUUGGUCCUCAAUAUAUUUAUCAACAAAUUAAUAAUCAAUAUAAUUUAAAUAUUUCAUCAUCAUUAUCAUAUGAUUUAAAUGGGUUGGAACAUACAAAUAGAUCUUCUUCAUUAUCAUCAUCGUUAUCAUCAACUACUUCAUCAUCUUCAGCAACCACAUACAAGUCAGCAACAAAAUCCUCAUUACCUAAUAUUGAAUCAAUUACUCCUCCAACUCCAUAUAUUGUAUCUCAAUUACCUCAACAAGUUAAAAAAUUUAAAAAAUUCCCACUUUCAAUAGAUACAAAUUGUGCUGUAGCUCCUCAAAUACAACAACAACCAGUACCUUUUCAUCAACACCAACAUCAACAUACACAACAUCAACAGCAAACACAACAACAUACACCAUUAUCUUAUAAAUCAAGUCCAAUUCCACCUCAACCAAAUUAUAAAUUUAUAACUCAACAAAAUAAUAAUUCAUCAUUAUCAUUAAAUCAAAAUCCAAAUUCAAAUCCAUCAUCUUCUACAUCAACAUCAUCAAAUUCUUCAAAUAAUUCACCAUAUGAUAUAAAAUCAAUAAAAUCUUCAUCACAAUCUUCAAUUUAUUCAAUUGAUUAUAAAUUUUUACAACAACAACAAAAUAAUACUCCAAUUAGUGAAAAUCAAAGUCCAAUAUUUGCAAAUUUAAAUAAUAAAAAAAAUUUAUUUAAUGACGCUAAUCAUAAUCAUAAUCAUAAUGGUGGUAACAAUACUAAUCAAUUUAUUACUUCUCAUUAG